GCUGAUUGAGUCGGUGCCCUCGUCUUUCGAGGCGCUGCCGGGGGCCGAGGGGCUUUCGAUCGGAUCCAGUGUCGACCGUUAAUCCCCCCUCCCCCCCCCUCUCUCUCCCUCCCCCUCCCCCUUCUCCCCGGUCACUCACCGCCAAUGGAGACGGGAAACUGAGGCCGACAGAGGCGGGAAUCUGCAGGAGCCCCGCGCUCGGAUUGCGGACCGGGGUCCGAGCCCGGGGUCUGGGCUCCGCGGGCCGGGCUGGGCCCGGCUGGGCUCGGGCGAUGAUGGUUCGCGGCUCGGGGCGGGCGGCUGCUGCCCGCCGCUGUCUGGAUGCGGAGUGAGGGCGGCCGCUCUCCCAUUGCCGCCGGCUGGCACCCGCCAUGGAUAAACUGACCAUUAUUUCAGGAUGUCUCUUCCUGGCCGCCGACAUCUUCGCCAUCGCCAGCCUGGCCAACCCUGACUGGAUCAACACCGGGGAGUCCGCAGGUGCUCUGACAGUUGGGCUAGUCCGCCAGUGUCAAACCAUCCAUGGGCGGGAACGAACAUGUGUCCCUCCACGUCUUCCACCCGAAUGGGUCACAACACUGUUUUUCAUUAUUCUGGGCAUUAUUUCAUUGACGAUAACAUGUGGUUUGCUGGUGGCUUCACAUUGGCGAAGGGAAACCACCAAAUAUGCCCGCUGGAUAGCCUUUGCUGGAAUGAUCUUGUUCUGUAUGGCAGCCCUGAUAUUUCCAAUUGGAUUUUACAUCAAUGAAGUUGGAGGGCAACCAUACAAGUUACCCAAUAAUACCCAGGUUGGAUCUUCAUACGUGCUAUUUGUCUUGUCCAUCUUCUUUACCAUUGUGGGACUUCUGUUUGCAGGGAAGGUUUGCUUACCUGGUUGAGGAAAUGGGAAAAAGCCUGCCCAAACACAAACAGGAAAAAAACAAUCAUCAAAGUUGAGUUGCAUUCAUCAGCUGGGGACUGCUGAGAGCAACUCCCAAGACCGAGGAUGGAUUAGUUCAUAUCACUAUGCACUUUGGAGACAAAGAAGAAUUUUUCCUUCAUCUACCCUCAUGCUGAUUCAGAAUAUUGUGAACAAAUUGCUGCUUAAUGUGGAUGAGAAUGGGGCUGUUCUGGAAAAUGAACAACCUGAGAAGACUACUUCACUGAAGCGGCAUCAAAAACCCAUCCUUCCAUGUCCCCACCGUUAACACUAUACCUGUCAUCAUUUCAUAUUAGCAACAGGCAAUUGAGCCCAAGCUCACUCUCUCACAGCUUUUAUUCAUUCUUUAGAAAGAGAUUCAGUAUUAGGCUGGAAGUAAAAUGGACAAUGCAGGUGGGGCAGGCCUCACUGAAGAUUAGACUGUUGCAACAUUUCCAAGAUGGUGAACCAUUGAAAAAUUGAGAGUUGAUGAGGAACGUUACACUACUAAACAAAAGUAAUACCAAAUUGGAUGUGAUUCAGGACUUGGAGCACAAUGGAGUGCCAGUCUGACCAGGAUCAAGUUAUGAAGCCUUUAGAUCAAAAGUUGCUUUCUAUUCUGUAUGAAACAAUUAUGGAAAUCUAAUCCUGCUGGAUAUUAAAGCCAAAUAUUAUGUUUUUUGUUCAGUAACAUUUAGAAGAAAUUCCCCCUUCUAUUUCUGUUGCUGAUGCAGUUUAAUGUAUAUGCAACUCAGGCGUAUUUAAAUGACUGGAAAACACUAUGUUGAGAAGGUCAGAGGCUGAGUUGCUGUCAUUUUGAGGUCAGAAUAGUUGAAAGUCCUCAGUUACCUCAUUCUUUGUGCUUUUUUUGUUAUGUAGUAACUGACCCCAACUUCAUAUUUUCACACAAUAUUACCACAUGUCUAAACCUUACUGGGUGCAAUUUUUUAAGUUGACUAAGCUGAACUAAGAAAUUAUCUUUAUUAAAUUAUUUGUAUAUGAGGAGAAAGAUUGUGACAUAUCCUUUUAAUCACUCCACUGCUUAAACCUGUUUUUUUAAAAUAAUGUUUUGACUAAUGUACUGGCUGUGAUUGUCCAGAGUUGUCCUCCAAUUUAUGCUAUCAGAACUUCAUCCAUUGUUUGUGUGCCUACCUGCAGAUGUACAUUAACUUAGCCCAUUCAGCAGUAUCAGUCCCCUUCACUGUGUUUACUUAUCCUUGGUUGUAUAAUAUUAAAAGAUGAUACUAUCUCUGAUCAGGUGACUAUAAGUUUCCAUAGCUCCAUGUAGAGGCAUUAAAUUGAACUUCCCUUUCGGACUGUGCAUUGACACUUCGGGAUCAAUGUGAAGUUGUUCACUAUGAUGAUGAUAACAAAUUGAGCUGUUUGAUCGACAGGAACAGAUAAGUUGUGUGAGACCAGCUGUUGAAGGACUGCUGCAGUUCUACACAAGCUUUGAGUGAACUCAACUGACCCAGUAUUUUAACAUAUCAGCUAUAAAGCUUUGCUUAGAUGUCUGUAAGGAACACUACUCCCCUAUCUUAAGAUGCUCACCUGCACUGAGACACAGUAAUUACAACUCUGAGACUGCUGCAGGAAUAUUGCUGUUUCCCAUUCACUCUUAAAACUGGUAUUUGGAUGCAGGCGCUGUCCAAAUGUGCUAUGUGCAUUUCCCUUCAAAGAGAUUGUUGGAACUAGACUGAUCUGUUCUGGGCAUAUCUCUUCUAGAACAGCCCUUGUGGUGUCACAGUGCUGGUGAUCAUGUGCUGGCUAAUGCAAUAGCUUGAGAUGUCUGUUCACUGAAAGAACUUGGGUAGAAUUAUCUUUAAUUGAGUCAUGUGGAGAUGCCAGGGAUAUUACUUCUGGCAAAAAAGGACGACUGCUUCCAGUGAUCUUUGUGCUCUGCAUAUCAAAGGAAAUGAUGUACAAGAAAUAUAACCAUCAAGGAACAAUUUUAUAUAUUUGACCUGGUGCCUCAGCAUUUGCAGUGAAAGGUCAAAGGGCAGCAUACACAUUGCUGCCCAUACUUCAACUUGUUGGAACAAAAGGGAAGUCCAACAGUGCUGUAGGAAACUGAAUGGAAUUGUGUGAUUGAUCUGCUUCAAACAGGAAUUACGAGAAAGCAUUAAAUAGUCAGAAAUAUAAUUAAUAUCCCCUGUAUUCCAAAGCAAGCAACCUGAACAAUAUACUAAAUAACAAAACAUACUUUGAGAAAUUAUGACUGAGCUGAUAUGUUCAUUUGACUGUAAUGAAAGAUUGUUGACCUAAUUUUAUUGUCUGUAGCCAACUUGACAACAGUUUGAUUUUUCAUGAACACGUUAUACAUUUCAACAUGUACAAUUAACACAAGCUCCCAUGGGACCACCAGUCUUGGUAGUUGAAAAAAAGAUUUCUUUGGUUUUCUUCUGCCUCUCAUUCUGCAGUCUGCCCAUUUGUUCCUCUUUGCCAUUCUCUCUUGCUGUCGUAGGUUAAUGUGUGUUCUGUUUUGCUCUCUCUCACCUCUUUGCUUCCUCUCCCUGUUUCGUACUCUACCUCUCCGCUGUCUGCCUGUAUACACUCUUGUCCUCUCAAUGUCUUCCACUUUGCCUCGUUGAUAUCACUGAUGGCACAAGAUGAGCCAUAUGUGUCAAUGCAAGUGAAAAGCCAGCGUAUUAACAUGUUACUGUUGAAGCUGUGUACGUUCCCUGGCCUUGUUUCACACUGCAGUUUUUAAUUGCAGUAGCACAGGAGUGACAACGUAGUGAAUAACAAACAAAAUCCCCAGGAACAGCUCUUGGAGCUUCAGAUGUACUUUGACCGAGUGUUUGUAUCAAAUUCUAUCUAGAUUAUAGAAAUACACUUCUGAAUAAAUCAUUUGACAAGAUUAUUGAACAUAUUGGGUACUUUGAUCCAAAAGUAUCAAAUAUUUGAAAACAUCUGGUCUGCAAGCUUUACUGCUUUCUAAGUUUUACACCAUGUCGCACAAUAUCUAAUCGGGUAUACUUUAGUAAUACAACGUUUUGAGCUAUCUGUAAGGCCCAAUUACAAGCUUUAAAAUAGUUGACCAUCAGUUUACAAAAUCACACGUCUUUUUGUUUCAAAGAUUCCUUUGCAACAAUGAAGCUUUGUGAGUGGGAACAUUCAUUUUCGUUCUCCCAAACUGUGCAAACCAUUUUGAAAAAUAUUUUGAACAUUUUAUUAAAAAAAAGUAAUUCAAUCCAAUGCAAUCAGCAAGUUGACAGUACCAUCUCUACCUUUUUCUAAUAUCUGGUUGGUGACUCUUGAAGGGCUUUAAAGUGAUUGUGUCCCUUGCAGUUAGGGGAUCAGCUAGUUAAGUUGGCUGGAUGGCUGCUUUGAAGGACUCUAAUUCUCAAUCUCUCCCCUUGCCUGAGGCAUGGUGACCCUCUGGUUAAUCUCUGUCUAAUGAGAGAAAAGCCCUGUAGUCAGGUAGAUUGAUGGCGACUUUAAUUUUAGAUCCUGCAGCUAACUGGCUGAGCAGUUCAACAGCAUCAUAUAUUCCCACUUUUUUAAAAUUCCCACUUUAAUGGCAUGAUUUUCCCCUGUGCAAAAAAACUCAGUAUUUAUUGCUUUCUGAGCAAAGGAAAAUUAUUAAUAUCAUCGUGCAGCACAUUAUUUUGAAAAAAAAACUUGGACUGCAUUUUGUUUAAAAAUUUAUAUACUCUAACUCUUGUAGAUCACACCAUCCUGUAUGUUGCACUUAGUUGAUCACUUGUGUCUGUUAGUCAUUUCUGAGCUAAUGUGUUUUCCGGGGCAGCUCAUUAAAAAGAUGUGGGGUGGGUGGGGGGAGGGAAGAUCAUUUCCAAAAACGUGUUGAUAUAACUAGAGCCAGUUUUAUCUGGUGGGAAACAUUGAAAUUACAUUACUUUGUUCCCUGAUGUUUCAUUUAAUGGUUUAGUUGUAUCUUGGUUUCUAUAUGAUUUGUUUUCAUUCAUUUGUCCCCUUGCUUCCAGUCCACAUCGAACCCUGUCUAAAGGACACAACAAUGAAGGAUAAUGCAAAUGCCUCACUGCGUACAAAUGAUUCAGUGGUUAAUCCAAGAAAUCCAUAAUGAGAUCUAGUCAUUUUCUUAUUGUAUAAAGUCACAAAAGGGACUCUUUGGGAUAUCUGCAAACAGCCUGUACAAUAUCCUAUUAUCAAUGUGUUUUAUAAUUGGUUACUGCAGUUUUUAAAACCAAUAAUUUCAGAGGAGGCAUUGUUAAUACAUCUGUACAAAGAGAACAUAAUUUUCCCUCACUUGUAUUUUUGUUAUUGAGCAAGUUUAUCAAAUAAAACAAUUGUCUACUAAA